UCUUGGCCAGAAAAUGGCCGCACCUCAGCUGUACAAUGUUUUUCAAAAUGAGAUUGUGCGCGACCAGCUCAUCGCCAAUACGGUGCUGGCUGUGCUGGCGACGACAAUGGUGGUGAUGCGGUUUAUCUCGCGCAGGAUCCGUGAGAGUCACAUCUGGUGGGAUGAUGUGUGCUGUGUUUUGUCGUUGCUGCACACAUAUGGGAUGUUGGCUAUGCAUUAUCACUACGCCCGAGUCGGGAUGCGCGAGCAUGUGACGGAGAUUCCGAUGCAAAACACCAUUCUCAUGCUCAAGAUGCUCAUCGUGUACCAAAUCGUCUACUAUAACGCCAUGGUUCUCGCGAAACUGUCUUACCUCUUCUUUUACCUGCGCAUCUUUGUUACGGAAGCUUUCCGGCUGGCCGCCUGGAUCUGCAUGGGAUGCGCCUUAUCAUACUGGCUCGGGAGUAUGCUGCAGAUAUUCCUAAUCUGCCAGCCAUUUGCGAAGAACUGGGAUCCGACUCUCGAGGGGCAUUGUGCUAGUCAGAACGUCGCCUUUUCCACUAUUGGCGCUUUCAACCUGGUGACCGAUCUGUUGAUCAUGCUGCUCCCGGUGCAUUUCAUUCGGAAACUGCAAAUGUCUCCGGCAACAAAACUGGGGUUGUAUAUGAUAUUUGGUCUGGGAUUUUUCAUCUCGGCAAUCACCAUAAUCCGCAUCCACGUCCUCACCACCGUCGACUUCACCGAUCUCCCAUACUCCAUGAUCUGGGCUGCAUUUUGGAGUGUGGCUGAGCCCGCCCUGGCCGUAACCAACGCCUGCAUACCCAUGAUGCGACCGGUCUUGAAAGCGUUCUUCCCGAAUCUAUUUGGCUCAGUCCGCAAUGCGGACUAUACAUCGGAAACAGGGCCGUCUGUCGGCUCAAGUCUGAACUUCCACAAACGGCGGAACGUCGAAGAUUUGGACGGGGAGAUGCCCCUGACACAACUACAGGAUGGACCGGGGAAAUGGAGCCGUAGUGGUGAUGAGAUGUCGUUAAAUGGAGGCUUACAGGAGGGGCAUUCCGCGACACAUUUACCGCGGAGUGUGAUUGAGAAUUAAAAGUUGUAUACCCUGUUUCAUUUGUUUAUGGAGAUUUUAACCUACAAAAAGUCGUGAUUCUAUCGCUUAUGGCAAUUGGAUCCUAAUUAUUUUGCUUGUACAUAUCCCGACAACGCCCAAAUUAGUAACACCUUUGAUUAUAGC